AUGGCGGCUACCUUUACCCUGCCGAUACUGCCCGCCAAACAUCGGGACCUGCCGAGCUGGAUCCAGAGCCACCCGAACACUCCUCUCGAGCAGAUUAUCGCACCAUACAAUGAAUACGAUGCGGUGGCACGCAAACUGUUUGCUCAAGACGGCACUCAUGCAGCCCUGCAGGACAAUCACCUCAAUAUCGUGCCCCUCUACGACUCCAAUGGCAGGUCGGACAUCCGUGUACGGGCUCGAGACUUAUCUUCGGAGUCCUCUAUGACUAAAGAACAGUAUAUCAUGCCCUUGAAGGAAGAAGGCCGACGUCCCAAUGGCUCUCCGGCAGUGGUUCCAACCUUAGACGAGUUCCGAACCAACUUCAACGUCUUUUCCGAAGGUGCAUUGAGCGACAUGGACUGGAGCAAUGUCGUGGUCGCCGGAAGUGCAGUAGUCACUUGCCUGCUCCCAGUUCCCGAAAAGUAUCGGGAUUCGAAGCGGUCAUUGCGAGAGUACUAUCAUGAAAAAGUUGCGCCCGCCUCGGAUGUGGAUAUGUUUCUCUACGGCCUAGACGAAGCGCAGGCUAUUGAGAAAAUCAAGCAGAUUGAGGAUAAGGUUAAGAACGCGAUCCUUUACGAAACAACCACAGUGCGAACAAAAAACGCCAUCACGAUCGUUUCGCAAUAUCCCACACGCCAUGUGCAGAUAGUGCUUCGCAUAUACAAAUCUGUCUCCGAGAUUUUGACUGGGUUCGAUGUCGAUUGUUCCUGUGCUGCUUUUGAUGGAAAGCAAGUCUUUGUCUCUCCACGUGCCUUGGCUUCGUAUAUCACCCAAAUCAAUACGAUUGAUUUGUCCAGACGCUCGCCUUCUUAUGAGAACCGCCUCUCAAAGUACUCUCAUCGGGGGUUCGAAAUAUUCUGGCCGCAGCUGGAUCGGUCCCAAAUAGAUCCGACAAUAUUCGAGCGGAGCUUUAGUAGGACAGUUGGUCUGGCGCGCCUCCUGGUUCUGGAGAGGCUUCCAAAAUCGUCAGACCGGGAGUCUUAUAUAGAGCAGAGACGACGGGAGCGUGGACGGCCAGCCCCGAGGUCUAAUAGGUGGAAGCAGUCAGGUAACAUUAAGGAUGACUGGGUGGAUGAGAUUCCCGACUGGGAAGAGGGAGAGGAGAUUUCUGACUACCAUACAUUUACUAUUCCUUACGGCCCCAGAUUCAAAGCUCGAAAAGUCGAAAAACUCAUUUAUACGAAGGACCUCUUGCUCAAUGCGGAGUGGAACAAGCCCAAAGACAGAGAAGUUAACCUCCACCGACAUCCAGCAUUCUUUGGCAAUGUCGUAGAUGUCAUCGGUGACUGUUGUGGCUGCUGCCCAGAGCCGAUGACUCCUGAAGAGAAAGAGAUAGCCGAGAAAGAAAGCAAAAUCUAUAUUUCUGGUAAAAUCUCUUUUAUUAGAGACAACCCAGGUCGCCAAGAGAUUGGUAGCUUCAACCCGAUUACAGAGACCGACUGGACUGAAAUGGCAUACAUAGGUAACACCGAGAGGCUGUGUCAUGCUAUUGUCGAAUGCGAUAUCGAAGGAGUUAAGGCAUGUCUCGCAGAAGAAAUGAUAGAUCCUAACGAUCGUGACCAUACUGGAAGGACUCCAUUGCAAUUGGCUUGCUUGGCCUCAACAAGCGACAUUGUGCAAUGCCUUGUCGACCAUGGGGCAAGAAUGAUCUCCCGUCUGGCCGACGGCCGGACAGCACUGCAUCUGGCUGCUGCUCGAGGCGAUUUGGAGAUGGUCAGAGUGCUUUUGCGCAAGAGCAAGCAAAACGAGAGUGAACAGGCUCAGCUUGAAAAACGGUCAGAUGGGGAUAGCGAUGAGUGUCAGCAAGAGCCCGACACUAGUGAGAGUCAAAGCGUUGAUUCCGACUCGUUCGUUCAUGUCAAGAAAGAGGCUGAUAAUGUGGAUGGCAUCGAUUUGGCCAUGACUGAAAACGAGCAAGAACCGGACAUAUAUGACAUCGAUGUAGUCGCCUGGGAUGUUCCCACAUCAGCGCUUCAUCUUGCCAUUCUGCAUGGUCAUAUUGAUGUGGCUCACGAGCUGAUUACCUCGUUUGGAGCUGAUCUAGCGCUUCCGGUCAAGCUGCUCUGGCCCGGCCAGGAUAGGGCGCGAGCUGCUAUCUUAUGCCUUGUCCUGGCACUUCGACUGCCUCUCGAAAAAUCGAUUACAAUGACAGAGAAAUUAUUGCAGCUUGGGGCACUUCCAACACAGGCAGAUAUUAACAGCGCUACCCCACUGCACUAUGUAGUUGCUUGUGAUUUCACCGAUUCUUCUGAAAUUCUCGAGACCUAUUUCCGUCAGAACCGUUCGGCAACAGUGAAAGCGCUGAAUUUUCUCUCCUCCUUGUCUAAUCCCUGGAAUGUCAAGGCUCAUUCGACUCUCACGUUAGCCCUUAGUUUGAGAAACGGCAUGGCCGCAAACAAGCUGAUUGAAGCUGGUGCAACACCCCAGAUUGACUUCGAAUCCUUCGUGAAUCCCGGCCAGGCUAUCUAUAGGGUGAUCAAGUCAAACUCAUCAGAGAGGAACAAAGCUAUCUUUCGGCAUGACUUUACCCAACCUAUCAUUCUCGCAGUCCAGAACGACCUACCAGCAAUUGCUGACCGGCUGCUCCAUAGCGAUGGCGUCGAUCCAAAUACUCUCACCCCCGAAGGAUAUAUGGUACUGGACAACGAGUAUAUGCGAAGCUAUACCGUGGGAAAGUCUGUACUCGACUGUGUCCGAGACAAGAUCAGGGCAUUGGGCAAAUAUCAUGGCGAGAAGUUGGACGUCUCACCUCCUUGCCAACUAGUGAAACCUGAUGACUGUCUGAACGGGCUACAGCCUGACACAUACCACCGUUGGACUGUAGAAAGGGCAGUACGCCGAGCAAAGGCACAGUACGAAAAGGACCAGAAAAGGUAUAAUUUGGCGAUCUAUUCCAAUAAAAAGCGCGAAGGUGUGAAGGAGAAGACUUUGGAGGCUCGGGCCGCUCUUGACGCUUAUAAGGCAUUGGAGAAUGCCUUGGUGGCAAAGGGUGCGAAAUCUUUCUACGACAUCUAUCCAGACUUCGAGAAGCCCUGGAAGAGGAGAAGAACUGGGAAUAAGAGCGACUCUGACUCCAAGGGCCAAGAACCAGAGCCUUUCAGGGUCGAAACCAACUUCUGCGUACCAGACCUCACCGAUGAAAAGAAGCAGAGGUACUUUGGCCUUUUCGAGGCUGCUUGGCGCGGCGACCUUGAUACCAUCAAGGCCCUCACGCUAGUUACGUCUAAUGCCGAAAACCAACAGGGCCCAUUGCAGAUUGCAGUAUGGGACAAGGACAAUUUCUCACCGUUUUCCAUUGCAGUACUGCGUGGACACCUCCAUGUGGCAAAGGCUAUUCUAGAAAUAGUACAAGCCCAGUUCAAACGUGAGGAUUCUGUCGCUCGUGAAAGAUUCGAGAUGGACAUCGAUGCCUUCCAUGACGGGGAAGAAAAUUGCAUAUAUCGGGAGAUUGUUGAUGACAGAUUCACGAUUGAGAACAUAGGAGAGGUAGCAACGCAAGUGGAGUGUUCGAUAUCGCCUCUUGAAGUAUUCUCCCGGUAUUGUCCAGCCCACAUGUUUCUUGACGAAGGGUCUGAGUCUGAGAAAUAUAUCGAUCUGGUAGAAUAUGCGGUGGGACAGAACAACGUGGAUCUACUGGUCUUUUUGCUUCGGCUGGGACAAGAGCUUACGAACAGGGACAAGACGGUCGAACCUGGGGUUCAUAAUUUCGGUGCCUCUGCUUUCCCACUGGCAAUCACAAAGGGUUACUUAGGGUGUCUCGAGGCGAUCGUCAGGUAUACUGGCGCGGACCUUCCUGUCGACAAUCUGCUUCAGAAGUGUGAUAUCGACGUUAAGGAGAAGCCGAAAUAUUAUCAAGGGUUGUCUAUACGUGGGAAGAAAAGGGCAGAUUGGGCCGCUGCGGGAAGAGGAUUACCUGUUUCAUCGGCAGAACAAGAGACGCCUUUGCUCACAGCGGCGCAUUCAGGGUCAUUGGCGAGUGUGGAAUGGUUUCUCAGCCCAGACUCGGCCAAAACCUAUGUUGAGUUUGUCAAAACGAAUGAGCAUAUAAACAAACUGAAGCUCUUCUCACAGUCGGUGGAAGACAUGGAGAGGCCCGUGUUGAACUGGCUUCAGUGCAAGAACAACUAUCUUCUGCACUGUGCUGUACUUUCAAAGCCUACGCCGGAAUCAUGCCAGCUAAUUGAAAGCCUCGUCAAGCGCCUUCCACAGUUUAUGGAGACGAAAUCGGCUGCAGGGCAUACGCCCUUGGCACUUGCAUUCUCCCUCGGCAAGAUAGACUUCGCCAAUAUCCUUAUCAAAGCCGGCGCAAAUCAGGCAGCUCGUGAUCGUCAAGGCAACAACUUGAUGCACCUAAUGUUGUGUGACAUCAAUGGUAACGCUCGAGAAGAGCUAGGCAAUAUACCAAAGCUUCUUUCCUUGCUCGAUCCCCGGUUGGUCCCAUCGCUGCUGACGGAGCGAUCCUCCGAUGACCCGGGGUCGCUGACGCCACUUGCUCGUUGGAUGCAUAAGAGUUAUCACGCUUGGUCAAGGGGAUCGAGCGGAUGGGAAUUCGACCGCGGCCGAGAAACAGAUGGCAAGCUGGCUAUUAUCCGUUGUUUCCUCGAGUUUGCCCAGUCAACGGGUCAAAAGCAUCUGGAUAUGUUUGACGGUACAGGAAACACCCCUGUUCAUGAAGCAGUCAAGCAUCAGUACCCCAAGAUGUUUGAGGCUAUGAUUGGAUAUCGUCCUGAUCUUCUCCAUCGCGAGAAUGCGACCGGAAGCACCCCAUUGGAGUUAGCUACCGACAAUUGGGUGUCCGAGGCCACGUCCAAUCCGCCACAAAUCCUAUCCGACAGAGGGCAGUACGAGGCGGAACACACGCGGAGUGCAUGUCUUUUAGACCGGAAACCCGAGUCGUACCUUCCUAGGUAUCCAGAUAGGCCGGAAAGUGAGAGACAGGCAAUUUAUAGAUUUGCCUGCGAACGAGCCAUCACCCAGUCGCGUAAACGGAAGCUAGUGAGCCUGAACGAAGCGAAUGAGGUGGCUAAGCGACUUGCUACGCGACAAAAUAGAGUGGCGUCUACUACCGAGGAGGACGACGUUGUGAGCCGGUGGUAUCGCUAG